AUGGAUGAGAGUACAGGGGGAGCAGUGGGGGCUACAGGUGGUGGGGGUACAUGGAGAGGGGAGGGGGGUACAGGAGGGGAGGUUAGGGCUCCAGGGGGAGGUGAUGGGGGAGGAAGGGGUGGGGGAGAAGGGACAAUGGAUGAGAUUACAGGGGGAGCAGUGGGAGAAACAGGUGGUGGAGGUACAUGGGGAGAGGAUGGGGUAAAAGAGGAAGAGGGUGGGGGUACAUGGGGAGGGGUUAGUGGUAUGGGGGAAGAGGAUGGAGCCUUUGGGGGUGGGGAUACAUGGGUAGGGGGGAGCCUGCUGCGUUCCCCUCCCAUAGUAGGUGCGGGCAGUAACAACCGUGUGCUCAGGUUUGGACGGAAGGGCAGCCAGCCGGGGCAGUUUGACAGUCCUAUAGAUGUAGCAGUCAGGGGAGACAGGCUGUACGUGGCUGAUUUUGGCAACUGUCGUGUUCAGGUGUUUGAUCUGAGUGGUUCUGCUCCUAAGUUUUGCUCCUCAUUUCCAACAACUGCAAGCCCAGGAGGACUUGCAGUUCAGACAGAUGGCACCAUAGUGGUGAGGUCUGGGAAGGAAGUGGAGAAAUUUUCCCCAUCAGGAGAACUGAUAAACAAAUUUUCUCUGGGUAAAUAUUGCACAAACCCCUAUGGCCUUGCAGUACAGAGGGAUGGGAGGGUUGUUGUAACUGAUUUUCACAAACACAGCAUUUUUCUGUUUGAGGCAGAUGGGACAAGGGUGAAAUCGGUGAGAAGGAAUGGAAAGGGGAAAGAGAAGGUGCAGUUUAACAAGCCCUAUUUUAUCUGUGUGGAUAAAGAAGACAACAUCAUUGUCGCAAAUAAAGGCAGUCACCGUGUUCAGGUGUUUGACAAAAAUCUGAACUUCCAACACAAGUUUGGUCAGAAAGGCAUAGAGCCACAGGACAUGUUUGCACCUCAUGGGGUGUCAGCUGACAGCAGGGGGAACAUAGUUCUGGCAAACGUUGGGGACAAAACUGGUGAAGCUGGCGUAGAACAUGGCAAGAAGCUCCAGGUUUUCCGUUCAGACGGUACCUGGGUGUCUACAAUCAGCAAUGAUAGGGACAAACUGAACCUUCCCCAUGGGGUGGCAGUGACAGAGGAUGGACAUGUGUUUGUAGCUGAUACUGGUGACCAUUGUAUUAAGAAGUACAGAUACAUGUGAGUUUUCAAUGUAAACAGUUGCUGGACUAAGACGUGCCUUCAGACACUAUUGUCACGAUUGUUACAAAUAGAGCUUAUAUGAAAAGGGCCGACACUACAACAUACCAGCCAAUGAGAGACUUUGUCCCACAUGCCAUAAUGACAUAGAAAAUGAAUUUCAUUUUGUAAUGGAUUUUCCGACUUAUGAAGAAGACCGUCAAAAGUUAUUUCAAAAUAUUGUAUGUAAGUCCGAAAUUGUAUACGUACUACCACAUGCUAGGUCAGAGGUAUUCCAUUUGAUAUUAUCAUGUCCUGUUCAUAUAUCUGCCUACGUAGGCC